AUGGACAACAUCUCGGAGUUUGUACAGACCAUUCAUAUUGGUGCAGUCGUUGCUACUUUUCUUUUCAACAAUGGACGUAUUAUAAAAGCGGUGGACAUCUUUAACGAAUGUUUGGUGCUCCUUAACGGUAAAGCCCUAGAGACAAUCAAAGAAAUUAUCUAUGUAUACCAUAAACUUCUUGAUGGCUAUGCUCUUAUGCACGAUCACACCCGUGCAAUAGAAUGUGGUAAAAAGCUUCACAUGACACUACACAAUAGUGAUCAAAAAGAAGAAGAAGGGAUGAUAUUACUUAAACUAGCUCACAUCUACUAUCAAACAAGCAAAUACGAGAAAGCAAAAGAGUUUUACGAGAAGGCUCUCAGCAUCGCGAUUGACGCUGGAAGCAAUCAUGGGGUUGGAGUAUGUUACAGAAAUCUAGGAAUUGUGUUUGAAUCUGUUGGGCAAUAUACCAAGGCUGAAGAAUAUCUUCAGAAAGAACUAGUGAUAAAAAAAGAAAUCGGUGACAAACAAGGAGAAGCGUCCGCUUACGGAAGUCUAGGAACUGUGUUCCAGUGUGUUGGUCAAUGUACCAAAGCAGAAGAAUACCUUCAAAAAGCACUCUUGAUCAGGAAAGAAAUCGGUGACACAAAAGGAGAAGCGUCAGACUACGGAAACCUAGGAAUUCUGUUUCUAGCUGUUGGUCAAUAUACCAAGGCAGAAGAAUACCUUCAGAAAGCACUCUUGAUUAGGAAAGAAAUCGGCGACAAAGAAGGAGAAGCAUCUGCUAACGGAAAUCUGGGAACUGUGUUUUACUCUGUUGGUCAAUAUACCAAGACUGAAGAAUACCUUCAGAGAGCACUAGUGAUCAGGAAAGAAAUCGGUGACAAAGAAGGAGAAGCAUCUGUUUACGGAAAUCUGGGAGCUGUGUUUGCAUCUGUAGGUCAGUAUACCAAGGCAGAAGAAUACCUUCAAAAAGCACUAGUGAUCAGGAAAGAAAUCGGUGACAAAAAAGGAGAAGCCACAGACUAUGGAAAUCUGGGAGCUGUGUUUAAAUCUGUUGGUCAAUAUACCAAGGCUGAAGAAUACCUGCAGAAAGCACUAGUGAUCAGGAAAGAAAUCGGUGACAAACAAGGAGAAGCGUCUGCUUACGGAAAUCUAGGAACUGUGUUCCAAUGUGUUGGUCAAUAUACCAAAGCAGAAGAAUACCAUCAGAAAGCACUAGUGAUCAGGAAAGAAAUGGGUGAAAAAAAAGGAGAAGCCACAGACUAUGGAAAUCUGGGAGCUGUGUUUAAAUCUGUUGGUCAAUAUACCAAGGCUGAGGAAUACCUGCAGAAAGCACUCUUGAUUAGGAAAGAAAUCGGUGACAAAGAAGGAGAAGCAUCUGCUAACGGAAAUCUAGGAACUGUGUUUUGCUCUGUUGGUCAAUAUACAAAGGCUGAAGAAUACCUUCAGAAAGCACUAGUGAUCAGGAAAGAAAUCGGUGACAAAAAAGGAGAAGCAUCUGCUUACGGAAAUCUAGGAACUGUGUUUCAAUCUGUUGGUCAAUAUACCAAGGCUGAAGAAUACCUUCAAAAAGCACUAGUGAUCAGGAAAGAAAUCGGUGACAAACAAGGAGAAGCAUCUGCUUACGGAAAUCUAGGAACUGUGUUUCAAUCUGUUGGUCAAUAUACCAAGGCUGAAGAAUACCUUCAAAAAGCACUAGUGAUCAGGAAAGAAAUCGGUGACAAACAAGGAGAAGCAUCUGCUUACGGAAAUCUAGGAACUGUGUUUCAAUCUGUUGGUCAAUAUACCAAGGCUGAAGAAUACCUUCAAAAAGCACUAGUGAUCAGGAAAGAAAUCGGUGACAAACAAGGAGAAGCAUCUGCUUACGGAAAUCUAGGAACUGUGUUUCAAUCUGUUGGUCAAUAUACCAAGGCUGAAGAAUACCUUCAAAAAGCACUAGUGAUCAGGAAAGAAAUCGGUGACAAACAAGGAGAAGCAUCUGCUUACGGAAAUCUAGGAACUGUGUUUCAAUCUGUUGGUCAAUAUACCAAGGCUGAAGAAUACCUUCAAAAAGCACUAGUGAUCAGGAAAGAAAUCGGUGACAAACAAGGAGAAGCAUCUGCUUACGGAAAUCUAGGAACUGUGUUUCAAUCUGUUGGUCAAUAUACCAAGGCUGAAGAAUACCUUCAAAAAGCACUAGUGAUCAGGAAAGAAAUCGGUGACAAACAAGGAGAAGCAUCUGCUUACGGAAAUCUAGGAACUGUGUUUCAAUCUGUUGGUCAAUAUACCAAGGCUGAAGAAUACCUUCAAAAAGCACUAGUGAUCAGGAAAGAAAUCGGUGACAAACAAGGAGAAGCAUCUGCUUACGGAAAUCUAGGAACUGUGUUUCAAUCUGUUGGUCAAUAUACCAAGGCUGAAGAAUACCUUCAAAAAGCACUAGUGAUCAGGAAAGAAAUCGGUGACAAACAAGGAGAAGCAGCAGAUUACGGAAAUCUAGGAACUGUGUUUCAAUCUGUUGGUCAAUAUACCAAGGCUGAAGAAUACCUUCAAAAAGCACUAGUGAUCAGGAAAGAAAUCGGUGACAAACAAGGAGAAGCAGCAGAUUACGGAAAUCUAGGAACUGUGUUUCAAUCUGUUGGUCAAUAUACCAAGGCUGAAGAAUACCUUCAAAAAGCACUAGUGAUCAGGAAAGAAAUCGGUGACAAACAAGGAGAAGCAGCAGAUUACGGAAAUCUAGGAACUGUGUUUCAAUCUGUUGGUCAAUAUACCAAGGCUGAAGAAUACCUUCAAAAAGCACUAGUGAUCAGGAAAGAAAUCGGUGACAAACAAGGAGAAGCAGCAGAUUACGGAAAUCUAGGAACUGUGUUUCAAUCUGUUGGUCAAUAUACCAAGGCUGAAGAAUACCUUCAAAAAGCACUAGUGAUCAGGAAAGAAAUCGGUGACAAACAAGGAGAAGCAGCAGAUUACGGAAAUCUAGGAACUGUGUUUCAAUCUGUUGGUCAAUAUACCAAGGCUGAAGAAUACCUUCAAAAAGCACUAGUGAUCAGGAAAGAAAUCGGUGACAAAGAAGGAGAAGCAUCUGCUUACGGAAAUCUAGGAACUGUGUUUAAAUCUGUUGGUCAAUAUACCAAGGCUGAAGAAUACCAUCAGAAAGCACUAGUGAUCAGGAGAGAAAUCGGUGAUAAACAAGGAGAAGCAUCUGCUUACGGAAAUCUAGGAACUGUGUUCCAAUGUGUUGGUCAAUAUACCAAAGCAGAAGAAUACCUUCAAAAAGCACUAGUGAUCAAGAAAGAAAUCGGUGACAAAAAGGGAGAAGCGUCUGCUUACGGAAAUCUAGGAACUUUGUUUAAUUCUGUUGGUCAAUAUACCAAGGCUGAAGAAUAUCUUCAGAAAGCACUGACCAUCAAUGAAGAAAUCGGAGACAAAAAUGGUGUUGGAGCUUCAUACUUAAAUCUGGGAAAACUUUGUCGAGAAUUUCAGCUUCAUGCGAAGAGUCAAGAAUAUGCUAAUAAAGCGCUUGAGAUAAGUUACGAAAUAGGGGACUUUGAAAUGCAGUUUAACAGCCACCUUUCCAUUGCUCUGAACGCGUUAGUGGCAGGAGGAAGCAUAAAUGAAAUACGGCGAAAUCUGUAUGAAAGCAUUCAGAAGUGCGAAGAAAUGCAUGAUUUUUUAAGAGUGAGAGAUCAAUUCAAAAUUUCUUUUUUUGAUGAGCAUGUGUCCCCUUACCUUCUUCUUUGUAGGUUGUUGAUUGCUACAGGCAGUUAUUAUGAACCCCUUUACGUUGCCGAGCUUGGACGGUCCAGAGCCCUGACAGACGUACUGUCAGAAAAGUACUCUGUGGAUAAAGGGGUAUCAGUCAACACACAGUCAUGGGUUGGUAUUGAGAACAUCAUGAACAAAAAUGCACUUAGUUCUUGUCUUUAUGUUUGCUUCUUCGGUGAUGAUAUGUACUUUUGGAUCCUCAAGCCAAACAAAAUAAUAGAUUUUCGACAAAAGACACUCCAAGAAAGUGCAGAUAAAGUGUUUGGAAAUCCGACAUUUGGUGGCUCUCUUGAUUUACGUCAAGACCAAUGCGAAGAUCGAUCAUUGUUUUCAUGUGUAAGCUCCCCGCCAUCAUGCAAGCCGUCUCAGAGUGACAGCUUCGAAUCUUUGCGUCUUAUAGAAGAAGAGGACGAUGAAAAUCACGACUCUAAACCUUUAACCCUUUCUGAUGGCUACAACAUGAUAGUCGCUCCUGUAGCUGACUUACUCCAAGAAUCAGAAAUCAUUAUUGUACCGGAUAACUUGUUGUAUCCAAUUCCUUUUGCUGCUUUAAUGGAUGAUAAUGGAAAGUAUUUAUCGGAUACUUUCAGGAUUCGUAUUGUCCCUUCCUUGACGACUCUUAAGUUGAUUCAGCUCAGUCCAGAAGACUACCAUAGUAAAACCGGUGCACUGAUCGUAGGAGAGCCAGACGUUAGUGAUGUCUACUACCAAGGAAAACUUCUACAGUUAAUUCCAUUGCCUUGGGCGAGAAAAGAAGCAGAGAUGAUUGGGCGACUGCUUGGCGUUCAACCGUUGCUUGGAAAGGAUGCAACUAAGCAGGCAGUCUUGGAAAGCAUGCAUUCAGUAAGUCUCAUUCACCUCGCUGCUCAUGGUUACGCCGAACGGGGAGAAAUAGCUCUUUCCCCUGUAAGCUCCUGCGGAACUCCACACGAACAACACUACUUGUUGACGAUGGCUGAAAUUUCACAAGUUCGACUAACAGCCAAGCUGGUUGUCCUUAGCUGCUGUCAUAGUGCAAGUGGUCAGAUAAGGGCUGAGGGAAUUGUUGGAAUCGCUCGAGCAUUUCUAGCAUCGGGUGCACGCGCCGUGUUGGCGGCACUGUGGGCUGUAGAGGACGAAGCUACCAUGUGGUUUAUGGAUCGUUUUUACGAGCACCUUGUUCGUGGUGAAAGCGCCAGUGAAUCUCUUCGCCAGGCCAUGAAGUCGAUGAGAGAGACUCGCUUUUCUGACGUCAUGCAGUGGGCACCCUUUAUGCUGAUUGGAGAUGAUGUAACAUUCAAAGGUUUGUAUUUGAUAUAA